GGGUGAUGACGUGGCGGCUGGGUUUGUUUACUGCUACGUGUUCGGGAAGUGCUGGGGGUUCGGUCGCGGUUGGCGCUGUGGCCCCCGGGAGCCGGUACCGGCCGCAGGAUGAGCUGGUUUAACGCCUCGCAGCUCUCCAGCUUCGCCAAGCAAGCGCUAUCACAGGCACAGAAAUCCAUCGACAGAGUGCUGGACAUCAAGGAGGAAGAGACAGCCUGGGCCGACUCCAUCAUAGGAUCUUAUACUGAGGGUGAGAGAGAGAGAGACUCCAUCAUAGGAUCUUAUACUGAGGGUGAGAGAGAGAGAGAGACUCCAUCAUAGAAUCUUAUACUGAGGGUGAGAGAGAGUGAGACUCCAUCAUAGGAUCUUAUACUGAGGGUGAGAGAGAGAGACUCCAUCAUAGGAUCUUAUACUGAGGGUGAGAGAGAGAGACUCCAUCAUAGGAUCUUAUACUGAGGGUGAGAGAGAGAGACUCCAUCAUAGGAUCUUAUACUGAGGGUGAGAGAGAGAGACUCCAUCAUAGGAUCUUAUACUGAGGGUGAGAGAGAGAGACUCCAUCAUAGGAUCUUAUACUGAGGGUGAGAGAGAGAGACUCCAUCAUAGGAUCUUAUACAGAGGGUGAGAGAGAGACUCCAUCACAGGAUCUUAUACUGAGGUGAGAGAGAGAGACUCCAUCAUAGGAUCUUAUACUGAGGGUGAGAGAGAGAGACUCCAUCAUAGGAUCUUAUACUGAGGGUGAGAGAGAGAGACUCCAUCAUAGGAUCUUAUACUGAGGGUGAGAGAGAGAGACUCCAUCAUAGGAUCUUAUACUGAGGGUGAGAGAGAGAGAUCCAUCAUAGGAUCUUAUACUGAGGGUGAGAGAGACUCCAUCAUAGGAUCUUAUACUGAGGGUGAGAGAGAGACUCCAUCAUAGGAUCUUAUACUGAGGGUGAGAGAGAGAGACUCCAUCAUAGGAUCUUAUACUGAGGGUGAGAGAGAGAGACUCCAUCAUAGGAUCUUAUACUGAGGGUGAGAGAGAGAGACUCCAUCAUAGGAUCUUAUACUGAGGGUGAGAGAGAGAGACUCCAUCAUAGGAUCUUAUACUGAGGGUGAGAGAGAGAGACUCCAUCAUAGGAUCUUAUACUGAGGGUGAGAGAGAGAGACUCCAUCAUAGGAUCUUAUACUGAGGGUGAGAGAGAGAGACUCCAUCAUAGGAUCUUAUACUGAGGGUGAGAGAGAGAGACUCCAUCAUAGGAUCUUAUACUGAGGGUGAGAGAGAGAGACUCCAUCAUAGGAUCUUAUACUGAGGGUGAGAGAGAGAGACUCCAUCAUAGGAUCUUAUACUGAGGGUGAGAGAGAGAGACUCCAUCAUAGGAUCUUAUACUGAGGGUGAGAGAGAGAGACUCCAUCAUAGGAUCUUAUACUGAGGGUGAGAGAGAGAGACUCCAUCAUAGGAUCUUAUACUGAGGGUGAGAGAGAGAGACUCCAUCAUAGGAUCUUAUACUGAGGGUGAGAGAGAGAGACUCCAUCAUAGGAUCUUAUACUGAGGGUGAGAGAGAGAGACUCCAUCAUAGGAUCUUAUACUGAGAGAGAGAGACUCCAUCAUAGGAUCUUAUACUGAGGGUGAGAGAGAGACUCCAUCAUAGGAUCUUAUACUGAGAGAGAGAGACUCUUCAUAAAAUCUUAUAAUGAAGGUGAGAGAGAGACUCCAUCAUAGGAUCUUAUGAGGGUGAGAGAGAGACUCCAUCAUAGGAUCUUAUACUGAGGGAUCUUAUAAUGAGAGAGAGAGACUCCAUCAUAGGAUCUUAUAAUGAGGGUGAGAGAGACUCCAUCAUAGGAUCUUAUAAUGAGGGUGAGAGAGAGACUCCAUCAUAGGAUCUUAUAAUGAGGGUGAGAGAGAGAGAGACUCCAUCAUAGAUCUUAUAAUGAGGGUGAGAGAGAGAGACUCCAUCAUAGGAUCUUAUGAGGGUGAGAGAGAGAGUGAGACUCCAUCAUAGGAUCUUAUAAUGAGGGGGAGAGAGAGACUCCAUCAUAGGAUCUUAUAAUGAGGGUGAGAGAGACUCCAUCAUAGGAUCUUAUAAUGAGGGUGAGAGAGAGAGAGACUCCAUCAUAGGAUCUUAUAAUGAGGGUGAGAGAGAGAGAGACUCCAUCAUAUGAUCUUAUAAUGAGGGUGAGAGAGAGAGACUCCAUCAUAGGAUCUUAUAAUGAGGGUGAGAGAGAGAGAGACUCCAUCAUAGGAUCUUAUAAUGAGCGUGAGAGAGAGAGACUCCAUCAUAGGAUCUUAUAAUGAGGGUGAGAGAGAGAGACUCCAUCAUAGGAUCUUAUAAUGAGGGUGAGAGAGAGAGACUCCAUCAUAGGAUCUUAUAAUAAGGGUGAGAGAGAGACUCCAUCAUAGGAUCUUAUACUGAGGGUGAGAGAGAGAGGCUCCAUCAUAGGAUCUUAUACUGAGGGUGAGAGAGAGAGACUCCAUCAUAGGACCUUAUAAUGAGGGUGAGUGAGAGACACUCCAUCAUAGGACCUUAUAAUGAGGGUGAGAGCCAGGGGGAGCACUGACAGGGGCCCCAGUCUUUAUACGACUCUUUAAUAAGGAUUAGAACUGUCUCCAGCAUUGGCAACAUGCCAGCCCUCACUGAUCCCUAGCAGAACCCUGUAAUUAGUUAUAGAUGGAGAAGCCCAUCAUAAUUCAUCAGUGAGUAUCGCUCUUUAGUGGGACUGUCUUCCACUCCCUGGUGAAUCUGGCAACCCGAGCACUGACAAGCUGUCAUAGGCAGAUGUGUUUCUGUCACUUCCAUGUGUGUCAGCUUAUCUGCCCCCUGCCUGUAGGUGAAUCACCCACUAACUAUACACCAGGGGUUUUACUUUGUGUGUGUGCGCAUCACUUCUUACCAGGACUUGAAGAGAACCUGAAAAAAUCAUUUUGCGUGAUAUCGCUCCUGUAUAUAUUGAACACACUAUAUAUCACAAAGAUAGAUGGUAUUCUCAAUGUAAAAUAUAGAGAUUUAAUCCCAUGUUCCAGCGCUGCAAUAUUCAAGCUUCGUGGGUGUUACUCUUCAUGUAACAGCCACUUCUGGGCCGUCCACCUCUCUGCCUUCUGUCUUCAUAGAUUUGCACUGCUUGGGGAUGCAUGGCUAAGCAGGGCAAACAUUCUCAGUGACCUGCGUCUUAACAGAGUGACUACAUGUCACUCUGUUCCUAUACUACAUGUCACUCUGUUCCUAUACUACAUGUCACUCUGUUCCUAUACUCCCUAGCCAGGUCUAGAAGCGCAGGCUAGGGAAUUUCCAUAGCAACCACAGCAUAGAUAUCUUCUAUGACAUGUAAUUGUUGAACCAGUUGACGCACACUGUAAUUCUACUUUAUCAGUUAGUCGCUAUCCUGUUUAUCAACUAUUUACGAUCUUCCGCAUGUCUUUAUAGCCAUUGUAAUGUUAGGUGUGACUCUGCCUUUCAUAUUUAUAGUUCUUGUAAGCAUGAUGUGGAUAGAAUAUUUUAGAUGAUAUAAAGGGUUUACUUUUAAAUAUCCUAUUUACAGGUUUUGAUAAAUAAUAAAACAAUUGAAAGCUUCCUGUAUAAUACUUCAGUGAUAUUAUUGUCACUGAAUCAAUAUAGUGAAAACGUGGCGCUACAGCAACAGUAUAACACAAACUCUCCAAGGUUGCUCCCUCUCAGGCACAACCAAUCAGUACAAUAGAACACAAGACAAGAGUGGAUGGUGUGGUAACCGUAUAAACCUAUAUGUAUACUUAUCAGUGGAGUAAUUAGCUGGUAUAUCCUUGUCAAACUCAAAUAUACAUGUAUGCAUGUGGAAAGUAAAAAUACUUAAUAGCUCACAUGUUAAUAUGCUCACUAUUAUGUAUUUUUCCUUGGAGUGCUGAGAAUAACCAUUUAUUAAUUGAAUGAUUAUUUAAUUUGUGUCUUUUGGAAAUCAAAAUCUUGAUAACUUUUAUUUAUUUAUUUUUUUCUCACCUUAUUGUCACUCUUUUGGACGUGACCAGAAUGUUUGAUGUGUAUAUUACAGAACCAGACAUAAUAACAUGCCGUAAUAUGCCGUUGCCUGGGGUUGCUUCAAGUGCCUCGCUGUAUGACUAACAAUAGGGCAUAAAGUCGCCUAAAAGAAAUUCCCAUAGUAGUUAUUCUUGCUGAGCUCUCCUCUAGCUAUCCUACUUAGAGCAGAAGUGACCCCCUUUUAUACAUCUAUUUUAUUUUAUUGAAUUACCAGCACAAAUACUAUGUAAUUGUUUUAUAUAAUCAUUUAGAGGUUUAUUAGCAGAAGCACAGAUGUUUGUUCAUUGUUAUUUUGAAUGUUUCAAAUUGUGACACACAUACACACAGAACAUUAUUGAAUUAUGAGUUGCCUUUUUGGAGUGGGUAAUGUAUAUAUGCACUAAACUCUUUGUUUUGAUGAAUGUGCUGGAAAACAUGGGCCAAUAUUUCAGUUUUGUUACACAAAAAAAAAAAGUAUUUAUAUCACAAUUUGUAUCUUUUUAGGCAGUGGUUCUUCGAUUAAGGGCAGCUGGGAAACUUCGAACUGGGGAGUUAAUUCAGAAGAUUCAGAAGCACAAGUUGUUUUAUCUCCUACGGCAAUUACCAAGCCUGUUAGAAGGACUGUAGUGGACGAGUCUGAGAACUUUUUCAGUGCCUUUCUGUCCUCACCAGACGGGAACACUGUCACAGAUGGUUCUGUUGUAUCUAAGGCUCCCACCAAAUCUCAAAGGCCCAAAGAAGAAGUAAAAAGUACUUCAUCUCCAUUGACACCUAAUCCCAAGCAGGAAGAUGAAACAACUUUACAACUACAAAAGAAAAAACUAUGUAUGAGUCUAUCACAAGAUCCUGAACUGACCAAUAUAACAGCAGACACAUCUAUACCUGACAAAUCAGAGGCGACUGUAACUGAGAAAUGUGAUGAGCAAUCUUCAAAUUCUGAUGGCACUUCAGAGGACCUGAAGGACCAUGAAGUUCUAGAAUGUAAAUCUGAAAGCAUAUCUUCAAGCCCUUCUCCUACAGCUACUCCUGAAAAUAAGGACUUAUCACUAGAUACUAAAGAGCAAAAGCCAGAGGAUAGGCAAAGCAACACUCCUUCUCCACCUAUAAGCACUUUUUCCUCAGGGACCUCCACGACUAGUGACAUUGAGGUGCUGGACCAUGAGAGUGUGAUUAGCGAGAGUUCUGUCAGUUCAAGGCAGGAAGCUUCUGAUUCCAAAUCAAGCUUACAUUUAAUGCAGACAUCAUUUCAGCUUCUUUCUCCUUCUACAGAAUUCAGUCGCUUAGAUGAGUUUCCCAAGCUUACUGAAAGCUGCUCUUCCUCUGAUGCCUUUGAGAGAAUAGACUCUUUUAGUGUACAAUCCAUGGAUAGCCGGAGUGUGAGUGAAAUCAAUUCUGAUGAUGAACUGCCUGGCAGACAGUGUACCCUGGUUUCAAUUGCGGUUGGCUAUUCCUCUUCAAACACAGAGGGUAACAGCUCCAUGGAAAGCAAUUCGGGGCAAUGCCUGAAUGAUACCUUACUUGUGCAUUCUUCGGAUGAUAUAGAAAUGGAGGAAAGUGGAAGGAGUGCAACCCCUGUCAAUGCAGAGCAGCCGGAUCUGGUUGUAACUCCUCAUGCACCAGAAACUGAUGAAGUUGACCAAAGUGUGCCUGAAAAAUUGUGUGAGACUGAAGUUGAGCCAAAAGUGGAAUACACUGCUGAAGAUCUACAAAGGGUAAUGACAGCAUAUCAUAUUCAGGAAUAACAUAUGUCUUUUGCUAAUUGUAUUUCGCUUCUUAUUACUUUACGUUCCAAUUUACGUUUUAGAUUUUAUAUACAUUUAAAUGCCAGCUUGUGUUUAUUUAGAUUUUAUGCAGCAGUUACAAUUCACACUUCAUUCAUAUGCACUGACACUUCAUAAAAAAAAAAAAAUACACCUUUGUUUUCACACACAUUCACAUUCAAUGCAAACACAUCUGUGUAUUGUAACUGACACAUUUAUAUUGCAUAAAAACACACGGCUUCAUUGCCACGAUACAAACUCCCAAAACUAAUGCGCUUCGGUUCUUACACAGACUUUCACCAUUCGCAGAAAUACAUCUGAUUUAUUUGCAGAAACACAAUUGUAUUCACAUAGAACCAAUCUCUGUGCUCAUACACACCCCUAUAUUGGCACAAAACUGAUUUCGUCUCUCACAUUCUUUUCUGCUUUCGCACUCAAUGAUACAUUACUGGUGUCUUACUGCACACCCACAUAAAUUGUUGGACUGCCAUUGCAAUAACAUUUUGCUUGGCAGUGGGUACCAUUUCAUAAUUGCACGGAGGAAUAAAAAUACAAAAAUCACUAUUCAUAUCCUUAGUUGCAAAACCUCAUAUGCCCCUAAAAACAUGUAUAUUCAACAAUAUAAGGAUGCACACUAAUAUACCAGCAGGUAAAAUUUGCUUACAAAUCCUUUAUUAAAUAUACCAAACAAAUAUAACAUAUGACACCCUUGAUAAAGGCAGCAGAAGUGUUGGUGGGAUUGGUGACUUGUGUUUUGUCCCAUUAGGCUUGAUUGCUGGUGGUAAUUAUACUUGUAUAUGUGGCUUUUUUUGGUCGCUUAAUUUAUUGUAUGUCUGUUAUUGUAUUUUUGUUUGGUAUAUUUAUUAAAGGAAUUGUAAGCAAAUUUUACUUACUGGUAUAUUGGUGUGCAUCCUUAUAUUGUUGAAUAUAUAAGCAAGUAGGGUACGCACAUUUCUUAAUUUCUUCUUCUGACGAAUCUGCUGUGAUGUUACCUGUUUAGAAGAAAGUUGAGAAACACGCUCUUUGAGCAUACCAUGCCAACUAGAUUUGGUGCUGGCCAAAUUCAUUAACUUAUGUCAGAGCUAAUAAACUCCAGGUAUAGGUCUUUCACAAAUUAAGUGUAAGCCAAAUGAUUUCUUCAGGAGGACAACAAACUAGAUUAGAAUUAAAUGGCAGUUAUAGUGUAUAGCUUGUUUUCACUGUUUCUUUCAAAAGACAAAGCUUUUUUCUGGUCAACUAUCUACAUGAUGAUUGGAUUAAUGCAUAACAAGUGUUAGGUCAUAGUUAUUUGUUUUAUUCUGUUCUGUUACAAGAUGAUCGAAGAACUUACUGCCAGACUGGAGAAAAGGGAAACACAGCUGCUAUCAGUGAGCAAGGAAAAGGCCUUUCUAGAGGAAGCCUACGAUAACCUGAAAGAGUGAGUUCCUAUACUAACCUAGCAAAUUUUGAAUGAUAUUGUCGUAGAUAUUUUUAUAAAGUACAUGUAACAGUCCUUUGGGCUGAAAGGACUUAAGUUUAACCUUUAGUCCAUCAAGAUUACCACAGUUUAACUUUUCUGCAGUGCUCGUCAAAUCCCAGGUUGCCAUGGCAACUAGGCAUUAUGUCCUGGCUCCUCGGUGUUUCCCAGCCCUUUCAGCACUGGCCACCAUAGAACCCCACAACCACUUCACCUCACAUCACAACCACUUCAGCUCACACCAUACCAAUUGACAUCAGGGACUGCUAGCAGUGAUAGGCUGUGAACACUCAGCUGACAUUCUCAGGCUAUCACUGCCUGCUACACGUCGUAUGUGUGAGGAAUAAUACAACUUUGCCUUUUCCAUUUAGUAAUUGGUAAUUAAACUGUUUGACAGCAGAGGUGGGCGACUGUGUGGAGUGGAAACGGGCGGCGAGGGUGCUGUAAUCUUCCUGCUCUUUUUCAUUGUGCUCCCUGUCGUGAAGCCAGAAUAUGACGUCUCGGCCCAGCAUCACAAAACAGCAAGCGAGGGAGCAGAGCAAGAAGAGCUUAAAGAUUACAGGAUCACAGCAGCUACACUGGACCCCAAAGAAUGGGUCCAUUACAGGUCUCCCAAAAGCAGGGAGUCAUGGUGGACGUAAAUUUAGAUGAUAAAAAUAAUAAUUUGUGUGUGAGAGAAUGUGAAUUUGUGUUUCUGUUUAGGUGACCGACCCCUUCUAAUCGCAUGGGGAAGAUAUUUUUACUCACCUUUAUCCCUGCACCAUGCAGGUCUCGCUGCGACCAGCCCCGCCUCCAUUGCUGAGGUGAUCAAUCUUGAUGAGCUCAGGCAGUCCAAUAUUGGGAGGCUAAAUGCAUGGCAAAACACUGCGCCAAUCAGCAGCUCCUCAGAGAGAUGCAUUGACUUAAUGCAUCUCAAUGGGGAACAUUCAGCGCCUCCAUGCAGAGCUUCUAAGAUUAUUAAAAAAAAAACUGGCUCCUAUCUUUUUUUAGCUGGCUCCUAGAUUUGUCAAGCCCUGCCGAAUGACGGGCCGUUCGUGUGUUUUGAUCGGUACUUUCUGAAGUCCUGGAGGUCUUAGCGGUGUUCGGUUAGUCGAGUGUCCGAUUUGAGUUCCAGACACUCGACGACCAAACACCGCUGUUCGGGAGUUUAAGAUGGCCGCCUCCACGUGUUCGGCUGCCGAAAUGGCGGCCACCUAGGGAAUACAGCAGAGCGAUCGUUUGUUUAAACCAUGGGGAAUGUAACAAGCAUACAGGAAGGUAAAUUACGGCCACACUUCACACCAGGGUGGUCCGGUUGUUCGGCACUUUAGUUCGUAUGGUGAAUACAGCGGUUCACAUGCAGACUUGUAUAUCUUUCCACCGAACACCUUGAUGAAUCCUAGCAUGGACACAUAAGGUUGUAUGCAAAUCUUUAUAGUCCAGGCACAGGAAAACUCUUAGGUUCCAACAAUAUUAUUAUACAGGGAAUGUAUUGGACAGCCAAAGCGGUUCUGCUACAAUAUUUAAGAAUAAAAAUUUACAAUGAUGUAAUAUUAAGAAAUAUGAGGCAAAUGGAAAUUUGGUUGUAGAUAUUAGGGAAAGGAAAUAGAGAAAGCAAGGUUAUACUUGAAAACGAGAGAAAUAUCCAUGUAUCCAUCCUGGUAAAAUAUUUUAUAAAUAAAUCAAGGAAUGAUGUAGUGGUUAUGGUGCAUGGAGAGCCCUGGAGAGGCUCCAAUGUAACUAACUUUGGUCUACCGAGUAACGUUCCCUGAAUCCUCACAGCAGGAAGAUCUCUUUAUUGAGGUAAGCCCAGGAGAGCUAACGGACGUUCCUAGCAGGAGUAGGCAGGUAGCGACCCCAGGCAAGAAGUCAAACUGCUAGCAAACAGUUUAACUGUUUAUGCCACUACACUCCUGGUACCAUAAGCACUUCACAGCGCCAUUUACUCUUAUUUUAUUAUUGUGAGAUUAAUAUUCCUCUUUCUGAAAUAAUUGGCCAUGCUAUUUAAUGUGACCUUUACUUUUUAUAGUUCUUAUUCAAGUUUUGUAAUUUUUUUUAGCAAAACAAACAUGUUGCUAUUUAUUGCAUUAUGAAGAACUGGCAGAAAACCCAUACUACAGCUGCAUUACUUGUGUUUGUUUUUUUGUUUUUUUCUAUCAAGGUCAGCAAACCUACGACAUUCUUCAGAAGUACGUUUUUCAUCAUGCAGGAAAAAGUUUUGUUUUUUUUCUCUGAUAAGCAAUAACCGCACACUUGCUGAAAAUGCAAGAAAAAAGGCACAUUAAAUGAUGGGAAGUUAUUUAUCAAUGAGGAAUAUAUGUUAAUCCCUCUUUAAUAAAACCUAUAGGAUUUUCAGAAACGGAUAGAUAAGGAAAAGGCCUUGUGAUGUGGAUGCAGAUUUCCUUAUAAGCAACUCUUUUGCUGCAUACAUUUCUCCUAUUUGAAAGGUCUAUAACAUUAAUAUUGUAAUUUAUAUAGUACCAACAUAUUCAGUGCCUUACAAUUUUAAUGUGGAGAUAGCAAAUAAGACACGCUAUUACAAAUUUUAAAAAGAAACACUAUAGGCACCAGCUGAUUGUAGUGGUUACGGUGCCUGGAGCCAGAUCCCGCAUCACUGUCAAACAGUUUACUUACCAAUUACUAAAUGUAAAAGGCAGAGUUGUAUUAUUAGUCACACCAUAUCACGUGUAGCAGGCAGUGAUAGUCUGAGAAUGUCAGCUGAGUGUUCACAGCCUAUGACUGCCAGCAUUCCCUGAUGUCAAUUGGUAUGGUGUGAGCUGAAUUGGUUGUGGUGCCUACAGUGUCCCUUUAACAGGACCAACGGGUUAAUGAGGACCUGCUCAAAUGAGCUUUCAAUCUAGUGGAAGUGAGAUAUAAGAGGAGGAACAUAGAAAGAUCAACAUGUUAGUGUGUGGGAAAGUAAUACACUAGUACGAGGAAAGAGUGGAGUAGACUUUGGAACCACUAAUGGCCUCGACUUAAUAUUUUUGGAUAUGCUUUUCAAAUAAUUUCAUAUUUUUGGAUUCACUUUUUAAAACAUGUUUUUUUACUCAAAAUCCUAAAAUAUCAAAAAUAUAUCAUAUAUAACAAACUUAUACCAACAUAUAACAAUAAUAAAUUAUUUUAAAAGUAUGAAAUAAUUUUAAAUCUUUCUAAAAAUAUUAUAUUUCACGUGAUUAUAUUUCAUUUCAAAACCAUUGCCGCGCAUGUGCAUUUGGUCUCCCCCCGGCGCCGAGGGACAUCGGCGCUGGAUUCAGGUAAGUCACUGAAUGGAUUUUAACCCCUUCAGCAACAUGGGAUGGGAGGGAGGGAGGGAGAGAAUUUGUUUUCCUGGCACUGGAGAGUCCCUUUAUAGUAUUGAAGACUAGGUGAAAGCCUGAUGGGGGCAGGCAGGUGAUUAUGUAGGGAUGGAGCUGCCUGUGAGAAAUCGUGUAAGCAUGUGUUAGCAGUACAGGUGUGGAGUGUUGUGACCGGGAAAAGGUAGUGCGUAUGAAUAAGUUUAAGGGAUACUCUGGGUACUAAUACAAUUUUAAUGCAUUCAAUACAUUUUGACAAAUAUGUAUUAAUUAUUAUUUAGCAAAUAUUUAUUAUUUGUAUUGAGGAAUGCUACAGUAGUGUAUCUCCAUGAACUAUUUAUUUUAGCCAGUUGUUUGACUGUGCUUUAGUUUCCAUGGCAUUUCACCUGUUCCUCUGCUGGUAUUUUAAAAUGUUUGCAUUGUAGAAUAAGCAUGGCCUGCUUUUCUGUGUACAUUAAAGUAUUCUCCUAAUUUGCAGUGAAAUGGUAAGCGUCAAGGAAGAAUGUAGUAGUGUUUCUGUGCUGAAAGACGAGUUUACACAUCGUAUUGCAGAAGCUGAGAAGAGAGCCCAGCUUGCGUGUAAAGAGAGAGACCUGGCAAAAAAGGUAAUUCCACUGCUGUACUCUCUAGCCUUAUCAUAUCAGAAAGAAAUAAGUGUGCAAAACAUACAUUCAUUACACAAACACACAAAGGAAGUACAAUUAGUAUAUUGCACACUACGUAAGGUAUUCAAGAUUGACUAUAGUUGCAUCUGUAAUUCUAUUUCAGAACAUUCAGGUUAGCCACUAAAUUGUGAUCUGUGCAGAAUUCAGAAUUCUGAAUUUCAGGAAGAAAAAAAAAGCAUAAAUAAAUGCUGGCAUGUUUUCAUUGGGGUAUAUCAACUAAACAAUGGUUUUAUUUAUUUUUAGGGGGAUUUGGGCAGUGGAGUGCUCAAUUUCUUUUUAUUUAAUUUUUUUAAAUAUAGAAAAACUCUUGAACUAAUUGAUUGUUAAAAGAGGUUUCAAUGAUCCACACAGUUUUUAUUAAAAAAAAAAAACUUGACCAUCAACUAAUGAAGGAAAAAAAAAAUUAAUGGUAAAAAAAUGGUUAUAUUAACUAGAAACUAUAUAUAUAUAUAUUUUCUUUUUUUAUAAAUUGGUAAGGGAAUUGCAAAAUCUAGAUUUAGUAAAUUAUCCCCAAUUCAACCCUUUUUUCCUGAACAGCUGCCUUGGUGUUUUGCCAAUCCCUUCCUAAUUCACAUUAAAGGGACACCCCAGGCACCCAGACCACUUCUGCCCAUUGGAGUGGUCUGGGUACCAACUCCCACUACUCUUAACCCUGCAAUGUAAUUAUUGCAGUUUUUUAUAAACUGCAAUAAUUACAUUGCAGGGUUAACUCCACCUCUAGUGGCUGUCUACUAGGCAGCCACUAGAGGGCAUUUCCUGAUUCAUAGCAAAGAUUUUCUUUGCUAGAGCGUCGCUGGAUGUCCUCACGCUGUGUGAGGACCUCCAUCGUCGCUCAAUUCCCCAUAGGAAAGCAUUGAAAAUCUUUUUCAAUGCUUUCCUAUGGGGAGACCUAAUGCACGUGCGCGGCAUUAGGUUUCCUUAGCCGGCGGGCGGGAUCAAUCUCGCCCACCGGCUGACGUAAUUACUAGGAGGAGCGACGCCGACCUGUGCUAACAGAGCCUCAAAGUUUAGAUAAUUAAAUAUAUUACAUUUUAGCAAUCACAUAAACACAGAUGUCAGGUGUCACAUUGUCAGGUGUCACAAGUAACAAAUACAAACAUUCAUUUCUUGCAAUUUACUUUAAACAAACUAUUGGAUGAGCAUUCACGUAAACUGAAAGCUAUCUGGCUUGUGUCAGUCACAAGCCAUAUAACUGCUGCAGACCUUUCAACAGCUGCAAGCAGAUUAUGCUGUAGUAUCUGCAGGGCUGGAUUGGGACAAACAUUUGGCCUGGGCAUUCAAAGACAAAGCAGCCCAAUACAUGUGUGGGGACGUGUUGUGUCUUCACCAAUGACAUACAUUCUUUCUAAAGUGAACAUGCCACUUUGGUGCCACUGCUAAAAUGUCCUGUGUUUAGCACAGUGCAAGCAAAUUUAAUGACAUGAUUGUUCCAUGUUUGCUGGUGACUUGUCCCUGGGGUCCCUAUAGGUGGGAUAACACAGGGCAAAAGAGGUACAGGAUUGGGAAAUGGGUGUGUGUAUAUGCAGGCUGCCCAUGAUUUUGUACGCAUUUUGGAGGCUCAUUCUGUGGUUGUGUGUUUGGAGGGAGGCUGCCUGUGGUGGUGUGUGUGUGUGUGGGGAAGGCUACCUGGGGUGCUAUGUUGAGAGGCUGCUUGUGAGGUUUUGUGUGUGCUGUGUUGUGUUUCUGUGAAUGCGUCUGUUUGUGGUGUAGAGAGAGCGUGUAAUGUGUCUUUGGGUGGGGGGAUAGGGAAUGUCGUGUAUAUGUGGGGGUGAUAGGGACUGUGGUAUUUGAGGUGAUAGAGAUUGUGGUAAAUGGGGAGGGGUUAGGGUAAGUAUAUGAAAAUGCUUAUUAUCCCUUCCCUGUUGCUAAUCUUGGGUCAGGGAGAGAGGGAAUCCUGAUCCAUGGUUGUCCAGACAGCUCCUUCCGACCAGCACGGGGAAUGUAUCAGAGCAGUGCUGUGGUAACCCAUGGCAACGCUAAAAUAUAACUGAGUAUGUGCAGCUAAUACAUUUUCUGCCUCUUUUCCCCAAAUGACUAGGAGGCAAAGACUAUGAAGGAGGAAUUGGCUACAAGAUUACAUUCUAGUGAAACUGCUGAACUAAUGAGAGAAAAGGAUGAACAGAUUACAGGAUUAAUGGAGGAAGGUUUGUGACAUGUUUAAUUUUCAAACGUGCUGUAGGUGUGUAUAGAAGUGUUCUAAUUCAAAGGACCACUAUAGUCAACAUAUAAACGCAAGAAAGACAGGUCCCCUAGCCCUCUUUCUUGCUUUUAUAUUGGUUUCCCUCUAAUAAAAAAUACAUUCAAGUGCUUUUAAUCAUGUAAACUUACCUCCGUUCCAGCGAAGAGAUCCUUGGCAGGCCACACCCACUUUAGUCAAAAUGACGAAAUAGCAGGGCUCAAUCAGAUGCUUCUCUUAGAGAAGCAUCAUCGGUAUGUGGUGCGCACCAAUCGCAUUGUUCUUCAUAGAGUGGCAUGGAAAUCAGUGCUGCUCCAUGAAUGAACUCGAUCUACCGCGCAUGUGCAUGGUAUGCGUGUUCACGAGCUGAGCGGUCUGAUUUCUCCGCUUGCUGUCUAUGCCUGCCCCCUCCUACUGCAACCCUCCUAAGCCCAAAGUUUGUGUCUUUGCAUAGAAACAAUAUAUAGAGAGAAAUCUCCUGAUAUGUUUGUAUACAAACACAAAAAUUGUAAACAUACACACACUCUUUCUAUCUAUACAUCUAUAUCUAUCCCUCUCUAUUUCUCUCUAUCCAUUCAUUCAUCUAUUUCUCUCUAUCCAUUCAUUCAUCUAUUUCUCUCUAUCCAUUCAUUCAUCAAUCUCUAUCCAUCCAUUCAUCAAUAUCAUCAAUAUCCAUCUCUCUAUCCUCUCUGUCCAUCCAUCCAUCCAUCCAUCCAUCCAUCCCUCCCUAUCUAUCUAUAUCCAUGGAUAGAGAGGGAUGGAUGGAGAGGGAGGGAUGGAUGGAUCCAUCCAUCCCUCUCUAUCACUCACACUCUCUCACUCAUUUUUAAAAUAAGUUUACUUACUGUUUGAAGUCAGUAGAUCCUCCUGCUCGGUCUCCUGCCUUCAGCUGCCUCUCAGCUAUAGCUGACACUGUGUGUUGCUGGAGAUCUUCUCCCACACUGUUGCUCUAGCUGCUGAGAGGCUCCGGGUUACCACAGGACACAGGAGGCGCGUUCACAGUGCCUCCUGUGUCCUGAUAGCACGUUUGAUGUCUUCAGCUAAGCGUAAAGAUAUCAAACGUGAGUACUGUGAGUACCCAUUAAGCUGAGGUUGUUCAGGUGACUGUAGUGUCCCUUUUAAGUAACUGAUUACUUAUUGUAAGAUAUUGCUUAAAUUGGUAAUAACUAAAUAUGUCAAUUUCUUCUUUAACAGUCAACAGCUUUGUAUUCCUUUAACUUUUUUAGUGUCCCUAUUAGCUUGUGGAUAAACACUUUUUUGAAUUGGUACCAGGAAAGACUUUUCACUCUUUCUUAUUGCCAUAGGAGAAAAACUCUCCAAACAACAGCUGCACAACUCCAACAUUAUUAAGAAAUUACGAGUAAAGGAAAAGGAGCAUGACCAAACUAUAACCAAACAGACAAAGAAGAUCCGGGAGCAGGAGGAGGAACUGCAGCUGUUAAAGCAGGUUGGGUUUUGUUAGGACUCAUUUUGUAUUGUUAGUGACUUGUUCACUUUGUUACUUAAAAAAAAAGGGUAGAGUGCUAUUAGAUGUUUUUUAAUAUUUGUUCACCACACAGCUGGAAACAAUUGUGCUAAUUAAACUUUACCCUUGCCAAUUAAUCACUUAAAUAUUAAAAAAAGUUUUAAAAUCUACAUAAUUACUAUUAGUUGCUGUCGUUUUAGCUCCUUUGUGUUUUCAACCAGGCGUUUCCCAUAUUUCAAGCCUUUAUUUACCUACCUUUGGUCCAUUUUAAAGACAUCCUUCUCAUAUAUUUAUAGCUUGUUUUCUGCAUUACUCGCUUCUUUCCUGUGUCUAUUUUUUUACCAUUGUUUCACUUUCUGUAAAUAAAAAGCUGCUGUGUAUACAGAAUGCUUUUUACAGAUAAAAUCUUGUUUUCAAAUAUUCCUGUUUUACAACCAAAUCAGGACAUGGAUAAAAAUAUAAGCAAAUGUAAACCGGAAUAAUAUAAAUCAAAGAUUUUCUUUUCCUAUUCAUAACAUAGUUCUAAAUGCAUAUAUAAACAUAUUAUUUAUAUUUACAGACUUUAGAUGCAAAGGAAGAGGUUGAGAAACAACACCGAGACAGCAUUAAGAAACUGAACUCCGUAGUGGAAAGGCAAGAGAAGGAGCUAGCUCGUCUUCAGGCUGACAUAGAGGAAUAUCAGGAGAAGAAUCGCAGUCUUCAGUCUGCCUUGGACAACUCUUACAAGUAGGAAUGAGGCUAACUGACAGUUACUAUACUAAUAUGACAUGUUGGCACUUCAUUAUUCAAUAAGAGUUUGGGUUAUACUUCUAUGUUGUUAGGAUAGCAGUAUAAACUACUAUAGGAUACUUGAAAUGAUAGCUCAUGACUAUGUGCAUUCUGACAUUUCUGACUUUGGCAUCCCAUAAUGCCUGAUGUGCACCCAUGCAAUAGUCAUUAUACCACACUCGAUAGUGUAAGAGGGAUGCACUCGAAUAGACCGUUUGCAACCUUCAAGUAAGUCAGAAAUGUAUUCUUUACAUUUGUGAGUUAUCUUGCAGACACAAUGUAUAGAUUACAUUUUACAAUUUGACUGAAGUUUUUUUUUUCAUCACUUGCCCUGAGAGUUAGAUAUCAGCUUAAAAGUGUUAUAUUUUUACAUUCUAUUGUUUAAAUCCAGCAUAGGUAACCUACAGCAGCAGUAUACUUUAACCGACUCCUUAUCUAGCCACUAAUAGGCUGACAUAACCAGAUGGAUACUGUAGACCAAAGGAGUGAGCAUUUUUUUGUAAGGGUGGUUGGGAAUUUUUAAAUUUGUGCUGUAUAUAUUCACUUAAAAGUGCAAAUUACCUUUUCCACGGUGGGCAGGAAAAAAACAUUUUCCAAUUCUGUUGACUUCUCUCUACAAUUCAUGGCUUAGUAAAUCACUAAUUAAAUAUUUAUGUAAUUUCAUUUAUUUUUGUAGCCAUAAUGAUAAACUGAACUAUUUUUUAUUAUUUGAUUCUUAAAUCUCCUACUAAGGGAACUGUCACUUGGGGACCUCCAGGCACCAUAACCAUUUCAUUGAGAUGACGUUGUUAUAAUGUCUGGAGUGUUCAGUUAUGGUCCUUUUUAAUAUUUUUAUAUUGUCUAAAAUAAUUAGUACACUUAUUUUGGAUGUGUUUUUUUAGAGAGCUUGCAGAAUUGCACAAAGCAAAUGCAACUAAAGCCAGUGAGGCCCAAGAAGUUGCAUUAAGUUGUGAGAUAAAAGCUAAGGAAGAGAUGUGUUUUGCAUUGGAGAAAGCCAAAGAGGAGUCACAGAAACAGCAAGAGUCUUUGGCCAUCCAGGUGAGUUACGUAGAAUCCUAUUAAAGAUAGAUCUACCGAAAGCACCAAAAAAACUUUCGCUUAACGAAGUGGUGUUGGUUUAUAGAUCAUUCCCCUCUAACUGCUCAAAUCUUUGCCAUACGGGAGUUAAAUCACUUUGCUUCGUAUCAGCAUACCGGUGUACUGCAUGCCAUUUAUUGUCUCUCUUUUUCCUUCCCCUGUGGUGUUCACCUUUUCUUUCUGAUUUUGAAUUGGUUAAGUAUGGUUAUGUGCAUUUACAAUCACUAACAUGAUGACGGUGAUGAUGGCGUAUUUACGUAGGCCUCUAGGUAACCAAUGAGUGCUACAUGUGGAAGUUGCUCCAUGCCAUAUGUUCACCACUGAUUUCCUAGGAUCUCAAAUCCACAUUUAGUGAACAAAGAAAACAAGCUAAAACAUGGAAAUAGAGUUAGAAUGAUGCCACAUCCCAUGCAGAAUGACGCAGUAAAAAAAAGAAUAAAAUUCAUCCUUGUCAUUUGUUUUCUUUCUGAAUUGAGUUGUUUCAAAAUAAAUGUAUCUGUACAUCAUGAAUAGCACAAUUUGUAUUUAUAACAUAUGUUUUCAAACUGGUAUAGAAAUAAUAAGUAGUUUUUUUUAGUUACACAUAUUUUCUUUGCGUCUUUACUUCAUGUGGACCACUUCUUAUUUUUCUUGUGCAUGCAUAAGAACAGAGAAUAGGCUUCUAUGCCAAAUUUUGCAUGAUGACUGAUGUCGUUGUCGUCUCUUACUACCUGCACAUUUCUUUUAAAUUUAGACUGCUGUGUGUGGUGUGAGAGGAAGACCGUGACGUACAAAUUAAAUGAUUGACAGCUUACACAAAGGGGCUUUCAAUCCAAAUUGGUUGCUUUGCCCUUUACCUUCAAUAUACAAAUGCCACUUUUAAAGUGGCCCAUUUGGUGAUCAGUAUUUUUUAUCCAGUGCAGUGUGUAUAAUUUAAAAACUGCAUGUACAUUCAAUUUGUGUCUUCAAAUUAAACUACAUCAAAUAUUAAAAAAAUUCUAGAAAAAAACAGAAUGUCAGGUAGGUUUUUAAAUGUUUUAUGCAAAUUAGCCUUCUGCUAGGUCUUUUUAAACACAGGCCAUUAGAGACAACGUCUCUAAUAGGCCUUUUGAAGUGUGAGGAAACCAAAAUCUUUGAUGUUUUAAUAACUUAGAAAUUCUAAUUGUUCCAGCUUUGAUUUUAACACAACCGAUAUGCUGGAUAAAUUGCAAGCAAAAAUAUUGUGUUAAAAAAAAGACAGCUUUCCAUAGCAAUUAUUAGUAUUAGUAACAUUAUUUCUUAUUGUGUCUGUAUUUUUCUUUCACUCUGAAUUACCAUAAUUGCAAUAUUGUAUUGAUGUGUUCCUUUGUUACAAUACAAUGUUAGGUAGCAGAUUUGAGGGUGACUCUUCAGAGAGCAGAACAACAGGCUGCAAGAAAGGAAGACUAUCUACGACAAGAGAUUGCUGAGCUACAGCAGGUAUGUUCCUAUUACAUACUUUAAAUCUGCACUCCAGAUGUUGUGGACUACAUCUCCCAUGAUACUCUUUAGCAAAUGAUCAAGGGAGAUGUAGUCCACCACAUCUGGAGUGCUGAAGGUUGCCUACCCCUGUCCCAACCACUGUAUGGUUAUACUGAUUCUUAGGCUGCCAGUGUUUCUAAACAUUAACAGUUAAUAAUUAAUAAAUGCAAUUAACUGUGAACUGUAGUGAUUUCAUUAGUGAAUUGCAAAAUUAAAAGGGAUUGGAAAUCUCCCAGCCAUUUUUAAUAGUUUGUUUAUUUAUCAUCUGUAUAUAACAAAUGGAUCUUAACAAUAACAUUAAAUAUGGAAAUCUUCACUGCAUUAUUUACCUCUAUCCUGGAACUGAGCACCUCCACCGUUUGCAUAUGUCAGUCAGCAUAGAGCGAGCAAUAUGCCCUGGCUGUGGAUUGCAAUGUAAUUUACUACAUUUUCAAUAUAUAUUUACAAAAGUGAACAUCAUAUGAAAAAAAGAGUAACAUGAGUUUUAGAUUAAUUUCUUAGUUUCAUAGAGUGAAACCACUCAUGGUUUAGUAAAUAUACCAGUAAGGGUUUUGUUUUUGUUUUUUCAUGAAACAUGAAAUCGUGUAGAAUUGACAAGGGAAUUGUGACCUAUCCGGGUUAUUCAGUGAGAAUUCAAAGUGAAUUUCCAAUGUAAGGCCAAAGUAGCUGAACUGGAACAGAAUUUGGCUAUUUCGACCUAUUUGACAUCUCUUUGAUGUCAAAUAGGUCGAAAUAACUAAAUUGGAAACAUUCUCCAACUCCUACCUAUUUUUACAGCUAUUUUUCUCUAAAAUGUGAAAUUCUCUUGUCCUUUAUCCACAUUUCCUAGUUUGGUGAAUAAAUGACUAAACCAAAUUUAAAAAUAUCACAGUUGAGGACAUUCACAACGGAGAUAGGCAGGCAGCUAGUUGUAAUGAUUGUGUGAAAAAAAAAAAAAUCUGAACAAAUUUGAGCAUCCUAAAAAUAUAAAUCUGUCUUUUUAUAACAUAAGAGAAAAUGAGAGGUGCUCUUAACCUCCAAAGCCAGUAGAGCUAGCCUAUCAAGGUUAUUUACUAAACUAAGGAUUCAAAGUGAGUUCCAAAUUUAAGGUCAAUAUAGCCAAACUGGAAAAUUUAUCUAAAUCAUCUCUUCUUUCAAUUCAGAUACUCUAGCCUUAAAUAUGAAAUGUACUUUGAAUUAUCUCUUUAAUAAAUAACCCUGUAUGUGUUUUAGGGGUGUAGCAUGUUCCUUUAUUCUUUUAUAUUGGUAAAUAUAAACUGCAAUGUUUGACCAGCUGUUUUUUAAUAUAUUUAGAAAAUUUGCAUCUCUGGAAUAUUACAUUGGCUUAUAGCUGUCUUAUUGUUUGCUAAGUUAGGAAGCCUAGUUCAUAUUUUGUGGAAUAAAAUUAACAGAAGAGCCAAACAAUUUUACCUUUCAAUGCUGCAGAGACUCCAGGAAGGUGAGACACGGAACCAGGAGCUCAGCCAGAGUGUCACAUCCACCACCAGGCCACUACUUCGACAGAUUGAAAAUCUGCAAGCCACGUUGGCUGCCCAGACAUCCUCAUGGGAGAAACUGGAGAAGAGUUUAUCCGAUAGACUCAGUAAGAAACACUAGAUCAAUACUUUAUAUCUGUUUUUUAUCCCAGCAAAACAUGGACUUAUUUCACUGUAUUUCCAAACUCCUAAUGCUUUAAAAUGUAUUGUGAGAUUUAAAAAAAAAAAGUUUUUUUGUCUGUGCUACACUAUAUCUGCUCCAGAUCCAAUCAAGGUCCCCUUAUGUCCUUCACAGCUAUUUUUCAUUUAUAAAAACUAAAAAUUAAUGUAAAAAAAACAACCACCAACCAACACUUGGCAUAACUGUUACUUCUGAGAAUCAAAUGUGAAAAGACGCUCCAAAAAGUGAAAAAUAAAAUUCUGAUAGCUGCAAAAAAAUCCCAAGCACUGAGAUUUUUCAACAUAGCAAUACUAUGUAUUGGUUAUAACUGUUACUUCAUCUACACGUUGCACCUAACUUGUGGUUGCUUGCAGGGCUCCUUAAAAUCUUGUUCUUUUGAAUAGAGGUUGAAGAAGGACAUUUGCCCACACGUUAGUAUAUAUGUAAGCUGUACCAUAGUUAUACAGGGGUUGGCACACUUAUAGGCACUAACUUUUUUUUUUUCUUUUUUUCAUUAUCUACUUUAUAACUUAUGUAAUUUUAUAAAUUGUUCAGAGGUAAUUUUAAGUCAUUCCAGAGCCCUCAAGUGUGAAAUAAUACAUAGUUUACAGCAUAUUCUUUGGCACCCUUUUCUCAACUGCCCUUUAUUCAUCUUAAGUAGCAAGACUUUCCAGGAUUCUCUGCUGCAUCCUGUUGGCACUGUUUCCUCCAUGCAGUGAUAUGACCACAGUUACUUGCUCUACAAUUCUAUCUAUGCUCCUUGCAUUAUAGUGUAAGGAGCUCUUUCCUUUGUUUUCCUUCAAAUUGCUCAUUAUCGUUGCAGCCAGUAAGUCUUAACAUAGUGGUACAGGCUCUCUCAUAAAAUUCUAUAAGAGAAUUGUGACAGCAGUAAUGCACUUGCAUGACGGUGAAAAGCUUAAUUCAUAAACAAAAAAAAAGUGGAUGUGAUGUUCUAUGGUAAACUAAUAUAAGCCGUGCGGCAGCUUCUCUUAGUUUGUACAGAAGUUCUGUUCAUGCCUUUUCACAAAUAAAACUGCAUAGCACUACAUGGAAACUACAUAUUACUAGAAUUGACCGAUACAUCGUUUAGUUCUAUACAUUUUAAUAUAUCAUGGAGUCCUCUUGAAAUGUAUAAUUAUACUUCACAACCACCAUAGGCUCUUGUCUCUAUCCCCAAAGCAUAUGUGAUGUUCUUGUCAUCCCUUGGUCAUUCUAAAGAUGUUCUAAAGUGUUGUCAUAUGUUUGUUUGCACUUUCAAAUAGCUGAAUCUCAAACGUGGUUGGCAUCUGCAGUUGAAAAAGAGCGAGCGUGUACAGAGGAACUGCUCUCCAUCAAGACUCAGAUAUCGGCCAUUGAGUCUCAGAACAGUCUGCUGAGACAGGAGAAAAGCAGAUUUCAAGCUCAGUUGGAAGUGGAGAAAGCACGGUUAUCGAGGAUGGAAGAAGAGCAUGGCAGGUUUGUGGUUUCUUAUUAGUUACUUUAUAAACAACAGCCAGGAUUAUUUUAUAUAACAUAGACUUGUCAUAUUUGGUUAGUCCAAAUCAGAUGGCAUGCCAAAUAUGUCUUUAACUUAAUUGGCAAUUCAAGUGUGCGCCCAAACGACCUGUUUACUUGGUCUAUCUUUAAUUCAGAUGGUAAAUUGAGUGGAAGGUAGGGUGUGUUCCCUCAUUGUGUUUGAUUCAUGUACUGAGUUUGAUGGACAUGUUUUCUAUUAGUGAAUACACAAACAAAUAAUUUUCAUAUUUGCUGUGUUGGGUGGGAGCUGUGUUUCCUUUAUUUCCCAAAGUGUGUCUCCGAUCUAGCUUUUUAUUUAGCUUCCAGUUUGUUUGACAGCCAGGAUAGCCCUUUAUGCAAUUUGCAUGAUUCAGCUACUGAUUUUAGUGAUCGCACUUAAGAGAAGAAGCAUAUUGAAAAUGGUCCAUUUAUUUCCAACCAUAAUCUUGGGAGUGAUUUGUGAAUAUGUGGAACCGCAGGAUGCAACCUUGGUUCAUGCCAGAGCUGAGGGUAGUUGGAGAGACUGUAGCAAGUAUUCCGAAUUGUGAAACAUGUUUUGCCAUUUCUCUAAAGGCUAAAAUUAGAUUGAAUUAUGUUUGCAAUACCCUUUACGUGGCAUUUACAUUCAAAUUUACAUCUCCCUUUUUUUUUUUUUUUACCUUGUGUUUAUAGUGGCAGUUAGCUCUUGGGUAUCUCCUAAUUGAUUCCCAAUGGCUACCCACAACUUUCUCUCCAAAAAUGAAUUCAGAAUUGCCCGUUCACUUCCACAUUUAAGUUUAGCCUUAUCGAUUACACCACCUUUUCGUUAUAUAAUUACCCGCAUUCUGAAAGUCCUGGUUUAUUAGCCAACUUGCUGUCUCUUACGUGUAAUCUGUUCUAAUGAUAAGACAGUCAACACGAUUGCCUUGUUUACUAUAGUAAAACUAGCACAUGUGAAAUCCAGUAAUAAGCCUUGUUUCUGUUUAUUUAAGGAACCAGGUGGAAUUGGAAAAUCUAAAGAGCGAGUACAGGAGAACAGUCGAAGAUGCAAGAAAAGAAAAGGUUUGAUAUAUAUAACUUAUUUAGUGUUUAAUUAUAUGAACAGAUUUGCAGUGUGGAUAUGUGGUGUUAUGUCUUUACAUUAAAUCAGCAGUGUUAAGGGACAUUUGACCGAUUCCGUUAGAACUACAGGCUGCCCACAACUUGAACUCUUCGUCAAUCCACUUCCCAUUAACAAGUAUAAUAAUGUCAACUUUGUUUAAAGAAAACUAUGUAAUUGCUGCUAAACUAGUGGGUGAUGCAGGUUAGGCUUCUUAAGUUAACAGGAAUUCUAACCACCUCAAUGCUUACUAAUAGGGCAUAUACAGUGUUCUGUCAUGGUUAUGGUGCCAGGAGUACCCUGGUGCAUUCCCACAUUACAAAGUCAAAUUAGAGUCAAGAAUUACUUUUCUUCUAGUCUUGAAGUAGAAGUUCCCACACUGCUUUAACAAAACCAAUGUUGUCCAUAUCUGAAUUUUCUUGAUUGGAAGAAGGUAUCUGCGCAGACUCUCAGAAGUACGGCAGGUGCCUGAAGGGCCUAGGUACAUCAUGCCACCAUAACCACAACAGUUCACAUCAGGGAUAUGUCAAGAUUGCAGUCAUUGGGCCAAAGACUUGAGGAUCAGUUCAUAAAAAGGAGUUGUGGCCAAAGGACUGUUGUAGAAAUCCCAUGAUAAUUUGCCAACCUCGUGAUAAAACCGCGAAUUGCUGCUCACUUCCAAAAUUUGGUGGCUUUGCUAUCAACUUCCCACAACACACUGUGAAUACUCACCUUGUCCUAGAUAAAGGAGAUGCACAGCAAGUAGAUUUCUAGCUGGUCUGUAGGUUGGAUAUCACUAUGAGCAAUUGUUUAUCAUGUUGGGUUCCUUACUUUACCAUUGUACACUUCCAUCUCCAGAAUCUCCUGAACAGCCAAUUGGAGAUGGAGAAGAUGAAGGUGGAACAGGAAAAGAAGAAGGCUUUGCUUGCGGUGGAAGCUGCUAAAGAGAAGGUAUUACAAGUAUUAAUUUGUUUUUGACGUGGUUUGUUUAUUUUAACAAUAAAACUUCAUAAUAACCCAUUAAUGCACAUUUUUUAUAUACAAUCUUUUGGGACAAGUUUGCCCUAUUUGUGGACUAAUUGCAGUGCAAUAACUGUUUUUUAGAUUUUGCUCGUAUGCAAUUUGCGCUUUGUGAAAUAAUUGUGCUUUAAUUUCAGAGAGGUAAAAUCACUAAAUUGUAACAGGGUUAUUUCUCUAAUGAGAAAAGUGCUGGGAAUUCAAAGUGAAUUUCAGAUUUAAGACCAAAAUAGUCAAACUGAAAACAGAAUUCACUUUUGUAAUUCUAAUAUUGCUAUUUUGUCCAAAAUGUUGAACUUCACCUUGAAUUCCCUACAAUUCUCACUUUAGUGAAUAAUCCUGUGGUUUUUGUUUUUGUUUAUAUAAUAUUACAUAUGUAAUAUUAAUAUAAUACAGGGAGUGCAGAAUUAUUAGGCAAGUUGUAUUUUUGAGGAUUAAUUUUAUUAUUGAACAACAACCAUGUUCUCAAUGAACCCAAAAAACUCAUUAAUAUCAAAGCUGAAUAUUUUUGGAAGUAGUUUUUAGUUUGUUUUUAGUUUUAGCUAUGUUAGGGGGAUAUCUGUGUGUGCAGGUGACUAUUACUGUGCAUAAUUAUUAGGCAACUUAACAAAAAACAAAUAUAUACCCAUUUCAAUUAUUUAUUAUUACCAGUGAAACCAAUAUAACAUCUCAACAUUCACAAAUAUACAUUUCUGACAUUCAAAAACAAAACAAAAACAAAUCAGUGACCAAUAUAGCCACCUUUCUUUGCAAGGACACUCAAAAGCCUGCCAUCCAUGGAUUCUGUCAGUGUUUUGAUCUGUUCACCAUCAACAUUGUGUGCAGCAGCAACCACAGCCUCCCAGACACUGUUCAGAGAGGUGUACUGUUUUCCCUCCUUGUAAAUCUCACAUUUGAUGAUGGACCACAGGUUCUCAAUGGGGUUCAGAUCAGGUGAACAAGGAGGCCAUGUCAUUAGAUUUUCUUCUUUUAUACCCUUUCUUGCCAGCCACGCUGUGGAGUACUUGGACGCGUGUGAUGGAGCAUUGUCCUGCAUGAAAAUCAUGUUUUUCUUGAAGGAUGCAGACUUCUUCCUGUACCACUGCUUGAAGAAGGUGUCUUCCAGGAACUGGCAGUAGGACUGGAAGUUGAGCUUGACUCCAUCCUCAACCCGAAAAGGCCCCACAAGCUCACCUUUGAUGAUACCAGCCCAAACCAGUACUCCACCUCCACCUUGCUGGCAUCUGAGUCGGACUGGAGCUCUCUGCCCUUUACCAAUCCAGCCACGGGCCCAUCCAUCUGGCCCAUCAAGACUCACUCUCAUUUCAUCAGUCCAUAAAACCUUAGAAAAAUCAGUCUUGAGAUAUUUCUUGGCCCAGUCUUGACGUUUCAGCUUGUGUGUCUUGUUCAGUGGUGGUCUUCUUUCAGCCUUUCUUACCUUGGCCAUGUCUCUGAGUAUUGCACACCUUGUGCUUUUGGGCACUCCAGUGAUGUUGCAGCUCUGAAAUAUGGCCAAACUGGUGGCAAGUGGCAUCGUGGCAGCUGCACGCUUGACUUUUCUCAGUUCAUGGGCAGUUAUUUUGCGCAUUGGUUUUUCCACACACUUCUUGCGACCCUGUUGACUAUUUUGAAUGAAACGCUUGAUUGUUCGAUGAUCACGCUUCAGAAGCUUUGCAAUUUUAAGAGUGCUGCAUCCCUCUGCAAGAUAUCUCACUAUUUUUGACUUUUCUGAGCCUGUCAAGUCUUCUUUUGACCCAUUUUGCCAAAGGAAAGGAAGUUGCCUAAUAAUUAUGCACACCUGAUAUAGGGUGUUGAUGUCAUUAGACCACACCCUUCUCAUUACAGAGAUGCACAUCACCUAAUAUGCUUAAUUGGUAGUAGGCUUUCGAGCCUAUACAGCUUGGAGUAAGACAACAUGCAUAAAGAGGAUGAUGUGGUCAAAAUACUCAUUUGCCUAAUAAUUCUGCACUCCCUGUAUUGUAGUAUUAAUUUUGAAAGUGGUGUAUAAUAUAUGUUGAUGUUUAAUUUCUUCAAGGAGCGCAAGUCAUAUGGACUUCCAUCAAUGGAGACUGGAACCACUACCCCAACAUUGUCACGAUCUAGUUCUAUUAGUGGGCCAGACUUUUCAGGCCUUCAGACAUCACUCAUCUCACAGGUAAAUAUGUUUAUCUAUUUUACUUAACAAGUGCCUCUGUUUGUCAGUAUACGUAUUGUCUGUUUUAAAAUAUAUAUAUGAUCUAAUUACAGUAUAACAUUUUUGUAUGUACAGUAAUAUACUAGGUGUCAGGCUACAUAUUUCACAGUUGGUUUGUCUACGCCUAAUAUAUCUAACAUUCAAGCAGUAGUCACUAACGAGGCUACCAGGGUACAUAACCUGAACAUAAUCCCAAUUAUUGAUUAGUUUGAGAAAUAUUACAACUAAUAUACCUAGUAGAUUUAUGGUAAUGAAACCAACCACCGUGCUUCAAUUUCAAUAUUACAUUUAUAAAUAAACAUACAGAAGUUCAGACAUCUGUGAGAGACUUGCAUAUUUUGACUUGUAAUUGUGUAUUAUAAAGUGGACUCUAACCUGCCAUUUGUUUAUCCUAAUAAUCUAUGGAUCACUGACCAGGAUAUGAAUUCCAACUGGAUUAUGAUAGGCUGAAAGCAGCUUUGGUUUCCAAUUGAGAUAGAUAGAUAUGUAUUUAUCAAUCUCAGUUGGAAACCAAAAGCUGUAUACUAAUGAUGAAUAUAUUUUUUUUCUUUAAAAUAUAUUGUUUGCAUAGCAGGAAAAUCCCAUAACUUUCUCAAUUUGCAGUUUCAGAUAAGAGUAGUUAAUAUUACCUACCAUUUAACGUUUGUUUGGACGACCCUGACUGUUGCAAAGUGAAUAUAGAGUGGCCUCUAUGAUUAAUUCAGAGUAUAGAAAUCAAUGAUUUGUAAAUUACCCUCGUAUGUGUCCUGAAAUACUGAAAACAAAAAAACCUCAAAAUAUAAUUAUCACUUUCUCUUUGAAAAGUUGGAACAUAAUAAUGGUUUCAACUUUAUUUUUCUUGUUUGAAAUACAGGAUGAUCCUUACGAGCAUUCAUACGGCUCCAUGUCUAUGUCCGUUAGUGGAAGCAAUCUUUACGACGCAGUGAGGAUGGGUGCUGGUUCUAGUGUCAUUGAGAACUUACAGUCUCAGUUAAAAUUAAGAGAGGGGGAGAUUGCACAGUUGCAGGUACAACACCUUUUUCCCAGUUACUUUAUUUUUUUAAUCACUCUACUAAUACCUCGUCAGCAUUUGGCAACCGUAUGAAGACACCUGUAGUGUUAUCUACCAGGAGCUGAGUUAUGGAAGUGGAAGACACCAAGAAGAGCUUUGGAACAUGUUCAUUGUGUUUCCACUUCUCCCAACUGCAUAUAGACCAGGCUCUCUACUGAUGUGUGAGAGCCAAAAAUCUGUGUCAAUUUCAAGAAUGGUUUUAUGAUUAUUGUUAUUAUUAUGAGUUAUAUUUUUGUAAAUUUUUGGGUGAUUUUUACUUAAUUUCAGGUUACACUUUUGUAAAUCCCAUAUAUCCCUGAUUUAGCUAACAAAUAUUUUUUUACAGCUUGAGAUUGUGAACCUGGAAAAGACACGCUCUAUAUUAGCAGAGGAAGUGGUUAAAUUAAACAAUAUCAACGAUGAACUUGAUGAAAAAGUGAAGGAGAUCCCUAAACUGCAAGCACAGAUGAAGGUUGGUGUCUUUUUACAUUUUUAUUUAUUUAUUAUCUCUUUCCCUUGUCACUUGUCUUCCUGCUAUUUCUAAUACUUCCGCUGUCACCAUGCUCGUCCGGCCCCUGUUAUUUUACAUAAUUGUGGAUGUCUGUGCCUAUAAUUACAUUUAGUCCUGUUACAAAUGAUCACUUAAAGGAACACUAUAGUCACCUAAAUUACUUUAGCUAAAUAAAGCAGUUUUAGUGUAUAGAUCAUUCCCCUGCAAUUUCACUGCUCAAUUCACUGUCAUUUAGGAGUUAAAACACUGUUUCUUUUUAUGCAGCCCUAGCCACGCCUCCCCUGGCUAUGAUUGACAGAGCCUGCAUGAAAAAAACUGGUUUCACUUUCAAACAAAUGUAAUUUACCUUAAAUAAUUGUAUCUCAAUCUCUAAAUUGAACUUUAAUCACAUACAGGAGGCUCUUGCAGGGUCUAGCAAGCUAUUAACAUAGCAGGGGAUAAGAAAAUCUUAAUUAAACAGAACUUGCAAUAAAGAAAGCCUAAAUAGGGCUCUCUUUACAGGAAGUGUUUAUGGAAAGGCUGUGCAAGUCACAUGCAGGGAGGUGUGACUAGGGUUCAUAAACAAAGGGAUUUAACUUAUAAAUGGCAGAGGAUUGAGCAGUGAGGCUGCAGGGGCAUGUUCUAUACACCAAAACUGCUUCAUUACGCUAAAGUUGCUCAGGUGACUAUAGUGUUCCUUUAAGUUGGCAAGCCAAUCGGGAGUAUUUACUAAAGUCACAGAAGUUAAAGGGAAACUUCAUGCUGCAGUUGACCCCGUUUUUAAAAUACUUUAAAAAAUUAAGAUCCUGCAUUUGCUGCAAUCCAUGGUUUGCAGCUUCUACAGAAAUCUUUCACCAAACCAGCACAUGGCUAAGUUGAUCCUGCCAAUCUUAUUAUUUUCAAAUUGCACUGAGCAUAUCACAUAAAACCUUCUGCAGUAGUUCAGUACUUGACACCAAUUUAAUUUAUUCAAUUUAAUGUAACUUCUGCCAAAGCUGAUGCCAGCUGUAGUCUUCAGUAUGUACUGCAGUACUGGAAUACUUCCAGUAGAUGGAGCAUAGGACACAGUAAUGCAACGUGAGAUGUUGGCUGCAGUUUCAACAAUCACUGACAUUUUUUGUAUGUUAUUUUAGCACUUUUAAAUCCACUGCUAGUCGUCAUGGCACAUUCAUUGGCUCAUCCUUUUACAUGCCCCACCAUCUUUUUACUGUAAUAUGUGCUUUUAAUGUGAUAAUUUAACACUGCCAACAUUUAUUUAUGUGAGUUCUGUUAAGGUAUAGGCCAUGGUUCUCCGUACAAUGUAUGUGAAUCUCACUCUUUGUGUUUUAUAGGAUCUAGACCAGCGAUAUAACACCAUUCUGCAGAUGUACGGAGAAAAAGCGGAAGAAGCAGAGGAGCUCAAACUGGAUCUGGAAGAUGUGAAAAAUAUGUAUAAGACUCAGAUUGACGAACUUCUAAAACAAAGACAAAAUUAGUUUCUGUUAUAGUUAGAAAGGAGAGAAAAUGUUUAUGGAAUUUAUUCACUAAAUGGUGUCUUGUGAUGUGUUGAUAAGAGUUGCAAUACGAAGGCCAAAAUAACAAGAGUUUGACAUUUUAUUAACUCUAGUAUUUAGACCUUAUUCUUGUAACUUUGUUGUAAGCCAACCAUAACUCACUAUUUAGUGAAUAAACCCCUAGAGAUUAACCCUUCAAGUGCUAAAACAGUUCUUGGCAAAUUUUGGUUGUACAUUUGUUGUUGCACUACAACCCCUAUGAUCCUCAGUUAGGAUUGCUGCUGGCUGACAAUCAUGGGGGAUGCUGUUACCCACCUCUGAAAUGGAAUUGAGCACAACAUCGCUUUGCAAUGAACUGAACAAAUCGCUGGCAUGCCAAAAGGUUAACCAUUUUAAUGACAAACUUGUUUAAUAUGUAAAUGUAAAAACUAUCUUGUAUAAAAAAAUAGUGUACAUUUUUAAUUAUUAUUUACUAGCCUUUAUGUUUGAAAACAAAAUCACAUUUAUCUGUAAUUUGUCCAGUCAUAGCUGUAAUUAAAUUAUUUGUUUAAUAUUUAAAUAAUCUUGUUUUUGCAUUUUUAGAUUAAUAGUUUGCUGAAAGGGAUUCUCUAAGCAUCAUACAUAUUGAAGCAUUCUACUGCAGUGUGGUGAAGUGGUUUUGAUGCUUAGUGUCUCUUUAAAAUUAAAUGGUUUGAUUCUGAUCAAAUAUUAAAGCUGCACUGUCACUGUCUGGGGAUUUUUCAGAAUUUGCAUGGUGAUAUCGCCACUGGGAGUCCGGUGGGGGUGGGGGGUAAAGCAAAGGUGAGUUCUACUUACCUAAAGCUAUCCCUCGUGGGCACCACCAUCUACUCCAGCUGGGUCCUCUUUAGAAGCGCCAGGAGGCAGCGUCACUGCUGAACACUCGUGCAUGCUUGAGAGUACAGCAUUGAGGUUUGUCACUGGUGACAACAGGGAGAUUGACACUUCUAGUAGCACCUGUUGCCUAGUAGUGUCAGGUUCAGGAAAUAUAUAGAGACCAAGUACCUCCCUACUUUGUCUCAGUAUAUCUCUUGACUGGGAUACAAUUUCAGUGAAAUUAAAACACAAAGAAUUGAGAAAUUAGUAUUUCAUAAAGAAUCUAUCUUUACGAAAUUCAUAUUUUUUUCAGGGGGUACGAUAGUGCUGCUUUAGAGCCAGAUUAAGUGGUAAAACAAUUGCUUAAAAGGUCAAUCCAAAAAGCUAAACUUGUUAGCUGCAAUGUGUCGCUUAGACAGCUGUUAGUUGCUCUGGGUGUUUUAUUCUUUUUAAUAAUCUACUUUACCUUUUAGUUAAUUGGUUUUCUGCCUCUCCCAAACUGCAGUUUUUCAUUUUUUUGCUGUAAAUCCUGUCAUGAUGUUUAAAACAGAAUCAUGACUAUUUAAUUAAUACACUCAUAGGUGCCCCAAAAACUCAGCAGUGCUAUAGAAAGUUAUGUGAGCAUCUAAUUUUUGGCAAAAUCACUCUUUGGUUUGGUGACUGCUCAUUGCAGAAGCUACUUAUCCUGGUAAUUUGCAACUAUGGGAACUCGUAUGUAGAGAGAGAGAUAGAUACAUUAAGAAAAAAUGAGUAAGCAUCAGCUUGGAGUGUCCCUUUAAAGGUUUAAUGAAUGAAUAAACCUGUCAGUUCUUCCUGUGAUCCCCUUAAACUGCAUAAACAGAAACCUGAAAAAUGGUUGGUUUUGAGAAUUGUAAUAAAAAAUCAGGGGUUAUGUUAUCCUGAAACUUAUGACAUUGCACCAGUGCUUGCAUUCUGAUAUAGCAGAACACAUUUAAUUUAAAUGUGUUUGUGCUAAUGAAGCAUCUAUGUAGCACGAUUACUGCACAUACAUAUUCCAGAUCUCAUCCUUCACAGAUAGGAUGCUCCUGUACAAGCAUGUGGAGUAAGAUCUCCCCAUGUGUAAUAACUCUCAGUACAUAAGGGCACAAGAUUGAUUCUCCAUCCACAUGGCCUGUAACAACAACAAAUUGUUUUGUUUUUUUUGUAGCCAAAAAAAACUUUAUGGAUUUCAAGCAAAAUAGUCCUUACUUGACUAGUUUAUUAGAAUAAGAGUUGGUUAAGCUGCAGUAACAUUUUGUCACUUUAAACUUCUUGAGUGCAGAAUUAUCUAAUUUGUUGAAACAGUUGCCUCACCCCUGCAAUAUGAGAGCUGCUCACAACUGUAUGCUAGUUAGGGCCACUUGGGAAGAAUUUUCAUAGGGCUUUAUUUACUAAACAGCAAGUUGAGAUCAGUCACAAAGUAACUUUCAUCAGUUUAUACCAAAAUAACAGUAUCGGGCAAUAAACCUUUUUUUCUUUCUUAAUAUUUGAGAGGGUGAGGAAGGAUUAACCCUCUAUAGCCACGUGAGUACUAUUUUAGAAUGAAUACGGUCUUGACAUGUUCCUUAUGUUAGGCUACUUGUUAAAAGUUGUGAAACAUAAUAUAUUUCCUAAUAUGCAGCACAAAAUUUGUUUGCUUGUAGCCCAAGUGAAUAUUAAAGUAACACUAUAGGGUCAGGAACACAAACAUAUUCCUGGUCCUAUAGUGUUAAAAACAACAUUUAGCACCCCUGGUCUUCGCUUGCCACCCUAAAUAUAGUAAAAUCUUACUUUUAUUCCAGUCGGCUGCUGCUGCUGGCUCUGCCCCUGGUCUGCCUGCUUGACUGACAUCAGCAGUGUUCAUAAAGCUGAUCACAAUGCUUCCCCUUUGGAUUGGCUGAGUCUGUCAAGUAGGCAGAUCAGGAGCAGAGCUAGCACAAGUCAAACACAGCCCUGGCCAAUCCGCAUCUCCAAAUAGAGAUGCAUUGAAUCAAUGCAUCUCUAUGAGGAAAGUUCAGUGUCUCCAUGCAGAGGGUGGAGACACUGAAUGGCACAUUGUGCAGCACUGCCCCAGGAAGCACCUCUUGUAGCCACCUGAGGAGUGGCCAGUUGCGUUAUCCCUAGGCUGUAAUAUGAACACUGCAGUUUCUCUGAAAAUACAGUGUUUACUGCGAAAAGCCUGUACAAUAUGCUGUAGUUGUUCUGGUGACUAUUGUGUCCCUUUAAGCUACACAGUUAAAAAAAACUGAUUAGUUUUGAGGAAUAUCCAAUACAACAUUUUUACCUGCCUUACUGGACUGAGUCUUUGAUUUUUUUCUUUUCUUUUUUUUUUUUGUGGGGAAGACUUAUGAAUUAUCCAAACAUUUGGCGUCUCUGUGCUGCAGGAAUAGUGAAACCCAUGGCACUUAGUUGAAAUUGAUUAUAAAAACAUAAUUAAAGAAAUACAAAAUUUUAUUUUAUUAUUUUUUAUUUAAAGUUACAAGUCUGCUUUAAUAGUAAUUUCAUUCUGCCGGACAGGUACUAACUGCUUUGUAAAAUAAACUGUCAUUUUCACAAAAUUGCAAUUUUAUAUAACUAUAUAUAGUGUUUGUUAAUGAAUCAAAAUGAAAGAAUCAUGUUUAAAAGUGUAAAAAUCUCUCUUAAAAAUAUUGUACCUCCAUGUUUUAUGAUGUUUUAUUGUAUAUUUCAUACAUAUGACUGUAUUGCUGAACAAAUUUGAUUUAUACAAAGAGUUUAGAAGAAUCUUAAUUUGAUGAAUCAUUCAGAUGCACAAAUGCUUAUCAGUGCUACAAGGAGG